GGAAGAUGGGCGAGGAGCACCGGCAGCUGCACAGCAGGAAUUCAAAGAAAGAAGCGGAUCUGAGCCUGGCACAGGCUCGCGUGAGGGACCUGGAUGCUCAGCUGAACGCGAAGGAAGCCGACCUUGCGACAGCUCUGAACGAGAACCGGAGCCUGGAGAAGGACCUGCAGGAGCUGAAGGAUCAAGUGGUCACUCUGAAGCUCUCCCUGGAGGAUACCAAAAAGCAUCUCCACAGUGAAAUGUUGAGGAGAGUGGACCUGGAAAAUCAAACGAAAACUUUGCAAGAGCAAAUGACAUUCGAGAAGUGCCUUCAUGAAGAUGAGCUCAAAGAGACAAAAAGGGUCCAUGAGAGCAGGAUAGCAGAAAUGGAAUCUGGUCGUCAGAGAGAAUUUGAGAGUAAGCUCUCAGAUGCUCUGCAAGGGCUCAGAAAACAGCAUGAAGAACAGAUUCAAGGAUACAAAGAGGACCUGGAACGAACAUGCAAUGCAAAAGUGGAGAAUGCCCAACUGUCUGCAAAAAGAAAUAGUGACUUUGCCAAUGCUGCUCGGGAGGAGCUAAUGGAAACAAAGCUGAGAGUGGAUAUUCUGACAUCUCAAGUUAAUCAGUAUCAAAACCAGAAUGCUGCUUUGGAGAACAGGAUAAAGGAGCUACAGGAGAGACUGGAUUAUGAUCGUGAUCUCCAUCGAAGACGUAUGGCAGAAAAAGAGGAAGAAAUGACACAAGUCCAGAAGCAGGUACAAGCACAGUUGGAAGAAUAUGAGCAUCUCUUAGAUGUCAAACUAGCUCUAGAUCUGGAAAUAAAUGCCUACCGAAAGAUGCUGGAAGGAGAGGAGCAGAGGCUAAAGCUCUCACCUAGUCUAUCUUCACCUGGUACCACAACUCAAACAGCAACAAGUCAAGGGCGUCGACUUCUGCAUGGGAGAAAAAGGAAAAUGAAAACCAAAAUGAGAGGAUAUAGUACUGGACUUAAGACUGUUCAGCAUGCUUCAUCAUCUGGAAAUGUAUCUAUAGAAGAAAUUGAUACAGAGGGAAAAUUUGUGAGGCUUAAAAACAACUCUGAGGAGGAUCAGCCACUGCAUGGAUGGGUGCUGAGACGACGGCUUGGAAGUUUCUCUGAUGCAACAUAUAAAUUCCCUUCACAGUUCACCCUUCAGGCAGGCCAAAUAGUUACAAUCUGGGGUGCAGAUGCUGGUGUACGCCCAGGUCCUAGUGAUCUGAUCUGGAAGUCUCAGUCCUGGGGAAAAGGGGACACUCUGGGUGUUACACUCAUCACAGAGGCUGGUGAGGAACUGGCAGAGAGGAAGAUAAUGCAUGUACCCAGAGGAGAGGAGAGCAGUGAGCAAGAUGAGUGUGAGGAAGAAAUCACUGGAAGUGAAAUGGAGCUUCCAUCUCGGCAGAAUGAGGACCCUAGCUGUUCCAUCAUGUAACGAAGACAAAGUGAUAAUCGUCUAAAUACAUCUCAGUCCAAAGUGAUGUUUUAGACUACAUG